CAGGCGCAAUAAGGAAUAAAGGCGGGGGUGAUAAAACCCUCUCCUGUCCUGGAGUUUUGAAGCACAAACAUUUGAGGAAAUUGGAAAAACAAACAUGGUUGGAUUUCUCCAUACUUGUUCUUGGCGAAAAGUACCGCUGCUAUCGCUGUUUCGCCAGUACCAGAGUUGCUACUUCCGGCAGCAAAUUUUAGUAUUACCAUGUAAUACUACUAUUACCACCACUACUACUGGGACUGGGAGCAUUAGGAAUUUUACCACUGACAAACCCAAGUUAGGAAUGUUACUAGUGAGAUCAGCUAAUCUGCAAAGGUAUUGCCACAGCAGCGGCGGGAAUAAGAUUGAGACUCCAGCGGCAGCCGCUACAAAUUCUCCGCCUCCAUUCGAAUCCAAUAUCCUCAGACUUCUAGCCGCUCACAUCCACCACCGCUCCCUAUAUCACCCGCCGCACCAGCCUGUUACAGAAUACAAUGGCUUUACAGUAGAAGAUCGACCUGGUGAGCAGUGGAUCACCUUGAGAGGCAAAUCUACUGAGGAUGAGCACAUUAAAAUUGAAGCUACAAUGUUUGACGGCUCAGUUUGCUCCCCACCGUCUGCUGCUGAAUGCAGCGGGGAAGAUGUGCGUCUUCAUAUUAGCUUGCUGGUUGACAUAUGGAAGGGGGAUGGAAAUGAGUUGUUGGAGUUGGUAUGCUCAGCCUGGCCAGACUCCUUAGAAAUUCAGAAAGUGUACAUAUUCAGACGUGACAAUUCACCAAUUGGGCCUUAUAUGGGACCUAAUGUCAGGGGUUUGAAACUUGCACUGGCGAGUGGACUUUAUGAGUUUCUGAGGACAAGGGGAGUAAAUGAUGACCUUUCCUAAUUUUUGCACGAGUACAUGAUGAACAAGGAUAAGGGUGAGCUCAUUAAUUGGCUUGGAAAAGUUAAAAAGUUCUUCGAAACAUAGAGUUGACAGCUUCACAUUGUGGUCGUGAUCUUUGUCCAAUCAUGCAUCAAGGACUAUAAACUUAAAUGAAACUUCUGAUAGAUCCGUGAAUAGCUUCUGAAGUUGGCAGUAGGACACUCAAUUCUCUCGAGGGAGAUGGAAAAUUUCAUUCUUUCCCUCCCAGCAGAAGUUUCCUGGCAGAGGAAGAAUUCGGGUACUUUUCCCUCUAUGGCAGCAUGUUGCUGUCAGACUAUACUUGGAAGAAAUCAUUUGCGUCUCAAGGAAUCCUCAACCUUGAGUGUCAAAUGGCUCAACUGAUACAUUUCCGGUUCAGUUGAAUGAAGCUUAUGUUGUUUCUGAGUCAUUCGAAGCUAUUAAUUUUACAUGUGUGUGGAUACGAUAUUUGCCUGAUUGCUUUAGAGAACCCUUAAUUUAGUACUAGUAGUUUUGUAAAGUGGCUGACAAUCGAUUUGAUUGUGACAGUGACUUAGAAAUGCCAUUAUCUAUUCCAUCCAA